AUGCUGCGCUGGCUGCGGGGCUUCGUGCUGCCAGGCGUGGCCUGCCAGAAUGACGAUGACAACAAACGCUACGGCAGCCUCUUUGAAAAACUGGACCGUAACGGGGACGGCGUGUUGGACAUUCUGGAGCUCAAGGAGGGGCUGAAAAACCGGAGCUCCGCGUUUGGGCAGAACUCGGAGAAGGAAAUCCUUCAGGCUGGGGAUAAAAAUGCUGACUCAGGAUUGGACUUUGAAGAAUUUGUACAAUACCUUCAAGAUCAUGAGAAAAAAAUGAAGCUAGCAUUUAAUAGUCUGGACAAAAAUAGUGAUGGAAUUAUAGAAGCGUCAGAGGUGGUUGCUGCUGUGAAAUCAUUGGGUAUAAAUAUUUCGGAAGCUCAGGCAAGGAAGAUUCUGAAAAGCAUCGAUGUUGAUGGGACAAUGACAAUAGACUGGAAUGAAUGGAGGGACUACUUUUUACUUCAUCCUGCCUCAAAUAUCAAUGAAAUCAUUCGUUUCUGGAAGCGUUCCACAGUGAUUGAUAUAGGAGAGAGUAUAGCCAUUCCAGAUGAAUUCACUGAACAAGAAAAAAAGUCUGGAGAUUGGUGGAAGCGUUUGGUGGUAGCAGGAAUAGCGAGUGCAGUGGCACGGACAUGCACAGCACCUUUUGACCGCUUGAAAGUCAUGAUGCAGGUUCAGAGUUUAAAGACAAGGAAAAUGAGAUUGGUUAGUGGAUUUGAGCAGAUGAUAAAAGAAGGAGGGAUUCUUUCUCUUUGGCGAGGAAAUGGCAUAAAUGUGUUUAAAAUUGCACCAGAGACAUCAAUCAAUAUUGGGUCCUAUGAGCAGUAUAAAAAAUGGCUUAGUUUUGAUGACGCUCAUAUAGGAGUUUUUCAAAGAUUCAUAUCUGGUUCAUUGGCUGGUGCGACUGCUCAGACCUGUAUUUAUCCCAUGGAGGUAAUAAAGACCAGACUAGCAGUGGCUACUACGGGAGAGUAUUCAGGGAUUAUUGAUUGUGGCAAGAAGCUUCUGAAACAAGGAGGAGUCAGAACACUUUUUCAGGGUUAUAUUCCUAAUUUACUGGGCAUUUUACCUUAUGCAGGAUUAGAUCUUGCUGUUUAUGAGCUUUUGAAGAAUUAUUGGCUAGAGCGUUAUGCAGAAGACUCCAUAAACCCCGGGAUAACGAUUUUGAUGGGAUGUAGUACACUGUCUCACAUGUGUGGUCAAUUAGGCAGCUUCCCUCUGCACCUUGUUAGAACUCGCAUGCAGGCUGAUGUCCUAGCAGAAAAGGAAGCAACACCAAUGAUUCAACUCAUUCGAGAGAUAUAUAAUAAAGAAGGGAAACGGGGAUUUUUUAGAGGAAUUACCCCUAAUAUCAUAAAGGUGCUUCCUGCAGUAAUCAUCGGCUCUAUAGUUUAUGAGGAAGUGACGCCAUAUUUUGGACUAAAAUAG